CGGCCCCAGUGUCGCAGCAUAGCGCCAAUGGCACCGAUGGGGUCCCGGGUAUCCGAACCCUCCACAAUAUAUGGAUGGGUGACAACUGUGCGGCCUCACCAUCUUCCGUUUUCGGUGGGAUCCGUCUGCGGCCCCCUCCCAUCCUCCGCCCCCACCCGCCCUGUUCAGCCGGUACCGAUAGCCCCAACAACACAGGGUGGAUGGUUUUAUCAUAUCGAAUCUUCAGCUCGGCGAAAUUCUGUUACCGAGCCGACUCCGACCAUCAGUGGUCGGGGGCCCAACUCAUUGGGUGCCAUAGGCACGCAUUUCUCUGCGAGGCAAGCACCGGCACGUUAGGGCUAGGCCACCAACCAUUGAGCAAGAGUGCCUUCCCCCUGACCAACGAUGCUCCCGUGUUAGUCACACAUUCCGCCGUCGUGUUCUCUCGCAUAUUCCGCUUC